UGAGCGUGCUGAGGAUCUGUGCCAGACAUUGGACAUUUUUGAGGUGUUAAGAGGGAGUGGUAACAUCUGAACGUACCAAACCAAACAGGCAAACUCUUGCACCAUCGCUACCACGACAUUUUACCACAAAAGAAUGCCACUGCAUGUGGAUUCCAAGCAGGCUAAAAAGAAAAAGAACUGAUUAGACCUCAGACGACCCACUAAACGGGAUGACGGCCACAGCUGAGGUAGAGACACCAAAAAUGGAGAAGAGUGCCUCCAAGGAAGAGAAGCAGCAGCCUAAGCAGGACAGCACAGAGCAGGGCAAUGCUGAUUCUGAAGAGUGGAUGAGCUCUGAGAGUGACCCUGAACAGAUAAGCCUUAAGAGUAGUGACAACAGCAAGAGCUGCCAACCUAGGGAUGGUCAGUUGAAGAAAAAAGAGAUGCCCUCCAAGCCACACCGCCAGCUCUGUCGAUCUCCCUGCCUAGAUCGUCCAAGUUUCUCCCAGAGCAGCAUUUUACAGGAUGGUAAACUUGACUUGGAGAAGGAAUACCAAGCUAAGAUGGAGUUUGCGCUAAAGCUGGGCUAUGCAGAGGAACAGAUUCAAUCAGUGCUAAACAAGCUGGGCCCAGAAUCACUUAUUAAUGAUGUAUUAGCAGAGCUUGUCAGACUUGGGAACAAAGGUGAUUCAGAAGGGCAGAUCAACUUGAGCCUGUUAGUGCCUCGUGGGCCCAGCUCCAGAGAGAUUGCAAGCCCUGAAUUGUCUCUUGAAGAUGAAAUAGACAACAGUGACAAUUUGAGGCCAGUUGUCAUUGAUGGAAGUAAUGUAGCAAUGAGCCAUGGGAAUAAAGAAGAAUUCUCCUGCAGAGGAAUACAACUUGCGGUGGAUUGGUUUCUAGAUAAAGGCCAUAAAGAUAUUACUGUAUUUGUGCCUGCAUGGAGAAAGGAGCAAUCCCGCCCUGAUGCACCAAUUACAGAUCAAGAUAUUCUACGAAAACUGGAGAAGGAAAAGAUUCUCGUCUUCACACCAUCCCGAAGAGUCCAAGGCAGGAGGGUUGUCUGCUAUGAUGACCGGUUCAUAGUCAAACUGGCUUUUGAUUCUGAUGGCAUCAUUGUGUCCAAUGAUAACUACCGAGACCUUCAAGUUGAAAAGCCAGAAUGGAAGAAGUUUAUAGAGGAGCGGUUGCUGAUGUAUUCUUUUGUGAAUGACAAAUUUAUGCCUCCAGAUGAUCCAUUAGGACGCCAUGGCCCAAGCCUUGAAAAUUUCUUAAGAAAGAGACCCAUUGUUCCUGAGCAUAAGAAGCAACCAUGUCCUUACGGCAAAAAAUGCACCUACGGCCACAAGUGCAAAUACUACCAUCCGGAGCGGGCCAACCAACCCCAGCGUUCGGUGGCUGAUGAGCUCCGCAUCAGUGCCAAACUGUCCACAGUGAAAACUAUGAGUGAAGGCACCCUGGCCAAGUGUGGCACAGGGAUGUCUAGUGCCAAAGGUGAGAUAACCUCAGAGGUCAAACGUGUGGCCCCCAAGCGCCAAUCAGAUCCCAGCAUCCGGUCUGUGGCUGUGGAGCCUGAGGAAUGGCUGUCCAUUGCCCGUAAGCCUGAGGCUAGUUCUGUCCCCUCGCUUGUGACUGCCCUAAGUGUUCCCACAAUCCCACCCCCAAAAAGCCAUGCAGUGGGUGCACUCAACACCCGUUCGGCCAGCAGCCCAGUGCCAGGAUCCUCCCAUUUCCCCCACCAGAAGGCCUCUUUGGAGCAUAUGGCCAGCAUGCAGUAUCCUCCCAUCCUGGUUACCAACAGCCAUGGGACCCCUAUUAGCUAUGCUGAGCAAUACCCAAAGUUUGAAUCCAUGGGGGACCAUGGCUACUAUUCAAUGUUAGGUGACUUCUCCAAACUGAACAUCAACAGCAUGCAUAAUCGGGAGUAUUACAUGGCUGAAGUAGACCGGGGGCUGUAUGCCCGGAAUCCUAAUCUCUGUCCUGACAGCCGUGUGAGCCAUACCAGGAAUGACAACUAUUCCUCUUACAACAACGUGUAUUUGGCUGUAGCUGAUACCCAUCCUGAAGGCAAUUUGAAGCUGCACCGCUCAGCAUCCCAGAACCGACUUCAGCCUUUUCCUCAUGGUUACCAUGAAGCCUUAACACGAGUGCAGAGCUAUGGCCCAGAGGAUUCUAAGCAAGGCCCCCACAAACAGUCAGUCCCCCACUUAGCUCUGCAUGCCCAGCACUCAGCAACUGGAACACGUUCCAGCUGUCCUGCAGACUACCCCAUGCCUCCCAAUAUCCAUCCUGGGGCAACCCCCCAGCCAGGCCGUGCCCUGGUGAUGACUCGGAUGGAUAGCAUUUCUGACUCCCGCCUCUAUGAGAGCAACCCCGUGAGGCAAAGACGACCUCCCCUGUGCCGGGAACAGCAUGCCAGCUGGGACCCGCUGCCCUGUGCAACUGACUCCUAUGGCUACCACUCCUAUCCCUUGAGUAACAGCCUCAUGCAACCAUGUUAUGAGCCAGUCAUGGUACGGAGCGUGCCUGAAAAGAUGGAGCAGCUUUGGAGGAAUCCUUGGGUUGGAAUGUGCAAUGAUUCCAGGGAGCAUAUGAUCCCAGAGCACCAGUAUCAGACCUACAAGAACCUCUGCAAUAUUUUCCCUUCUAACAUCGUCCUUGCAGUGAUGGAGAAGAAUCCCCACACAGCAGAUGCCCAGCAACUGGCAGCCUUGAUUGUUGCUAAGCUUAGGGCUGCACGUUGAUAUGACAUAGUACUUAUUUCUUUAUACAAAUAUGAAUAUUAAUACUAACAAUACACUAACACAAUAAUUAUAGUAACUAAUAAUUUGUAUUGCGCUUUACAAGUUACAGAGUGUUUAUAUCAUUUAAGCGCAUAACAACCCUGUGAGGUACGUCUUACUAACAUCCUCUUUUAUAGAGAAGGAAGGUGAAGCUCAGUGAAAUUAAGUGGCUAGCCAGGGUCACACUGCUAGGAAAUGACUAAGACAAGACACACACCCAAGUCCUCUAAAUCCAAGUCCUAUGCCCCUUUGCACUGCACCAUGCAGGUAAUGGAGGACAAAACCCAGGGGGAGAGGUCUAGACGUAAGAAACCCCAGAGGAUUCCAUUACCAGAGUUUUCCUUUCUCUCGUUUUUUUUUUUUUUUUUUUUUGAGACAGAGUCUUACUCUGUUAUACAGGCUGGAGUGGCACUCUCUGCUCACUGCAACCUCCGCCUCCAGGGUUCAAGCGAUUCUAUGACCUCAGCCUCCCAGGUAGCUGGGAUUACAAGUGUGUACCACCAUGCCCGGCUAAUUUUUGUAUUUUUAGUAGAGACGGGGUUUCACCAUGUCGGCCAGGCUGGUCUCAAACUCCUGGCCUCAAGUGAUCCACCCGCCUCGGCCUCCUAAAGUGCUGGGAUUACAGGUGUGAGCCACCGCACCCAGCCUACCAGAGUUUUCAUAGUCACAUAUUCUAUAUUACAAAGUAUGGAUGAUAUAUCCAAUUUAGAGAGCAAAAGCAUCAGGAUCAGAUCAUAUGUUGAAUUAACCUUUUAGGCUUUUUCUAAUAGAAAUAUUUAAAACUAUUUAAAAGUAAAUGCAUACUUUAUUGCAUGGAUAUCCGAUCAUUCAAUCUUUAUUAACGAAGCUAUAGGGUCACAUUGAAGCUUCUAGAACUAUAUUUUAAAUCUAUUAUUAGCAAUUAUAUUGCAUGUAUGAAUAUAUAUAUUUGGUUUGAGAUGUGUGUGUAUCUCUGUAUAACCUUUUAUAUAGUGAUAAUGAGAGGGUAGGCUCUACACAGUCCUUCGUCUAUAGCUGUAUAGGUCACUAAUCUGACUUGAUGAUUUUAAGUCACAUUUCAUAGUUUCAAAAAGUUAUGAGAGUGAAAUUAUAUGGCAAUAUUUGAACAUUGCUUUCUUAGGCACCAGAGCAAAGCAGCUCUGUUUCCUUUGCACAUUUUACCUGCCAACAUUUAUUAACAGUUCUUAGCUUCCAAGUCUCUUCACCUUAGCAAAUCAGGGAUCAGGUUGCAGUCUUCUGCAGAGGAACUGAUGGUUAAGCUCAAGUUCCAAGCAUAGUAUGUGUGUGCUACACAAGCUCAGAAGAGUGACAAGGACCAGGGGACUUACUACCACAAUCCACUUCCCUUAUCCCAGGAGAGAUGGCCAAACACAUGUGGCAUUAAAUGGUGAAUAAAAAAAGCUCCACUCAAGGAGGGAUUAUUGGAUGCUCUUUGGACUUCCAACCUAUGCAGUAUUCAACAUCACUGGAUGAAAUGUAAUGGAGGACAGUGCACAGCCAUGUAUCCACUUUCUCUUCCUGCCCACCCUUUGGGUAAUAAGGUCAAUCAUUGGUGGAACAGAAUUUCUCUAGGAAACAAAACCAGGGGAUUUUCUAUGUGGAAAAAGGAAGUUUCCAAAAGGGGAUACUGCAUCUUUACUAAUAGCUGGCUCAGUUAUGCACUUUAAAUCCACGCAAAGAGAGUGCACUUGCUGUUAAAUAAUUGUUAGAUGAGUUAUUAGAAGGCAGGACUUUCAGUUUGGGUGACACCAUUUGCGCAACUUGUAUCUUGCUCAGGGUGGAAAACUUCAUAGCUAAAUGCCUCUAGAAGAGGUGUUUAUUGUUUUUUUUUUAAGCUGCACUAAAUGAAUUCCCUUUUUGAAUCCGCUGUAUAUUUCAAUAUUUCGAACCAUGACCAGCUCACUAUUUCCUGAGCUGGAACUUGCUAACUUCUAUGAUCGUUUUUUCAUGAAAGUUGAGAAGGCCGGGCCUUGGCCUUUUGUUUCUUCAUGAGAAGGUGUGACACUGCCUAUAAAUGUUUCUUACUGUGAAACACUCUGAAUGUGAGGCUGUAGUCAGGGUUGUUUCUGGUGGUUUGAUAAUGGCUUGCAUGCUGCUUUCUGGCUUUCUGUCUCUGUCCAAGUUGAUCAAUACUGCAUCUUAACCAAUGUUUCACUUCAGUUAACCACAGCUUUACAUUCUAUCUCCUAUCCUCUGAUCUUCGUAUACCCCAGCAUAUUGAAAAAGAGUAAAAGUAUUUUCUAUCAGGUAAGUCCACAGAGUGACAGUUGCCAUUGCAGUGCUUGCUAUUUCACACAAACACCAUUUCAUACCUUCAACUUCUUGGACUUUCUAAAUUGGACCCAUGUCUAAAUCAGGGUAUUUGACAAUCUCAGAUGAUGCUACUGCCUAUGUGCCAGUUAGUUCAUCUUCCUACCAAAAUCAUCAAUGGCACCACAGUAUCCACUAGCUGUACAAUUUACAGGGAAGCACAAGAUUAAUCUUGUCACCUAUAAUUCAUCUUGAACAUGUUCAUAUUUGGUACUCAGAAAACGUGUAAGCUCCUCCCAAUACAGAAAAUUCUUUUAAGGCAGCAUAUGUAUUUCUGAUUUACUAAAAAUGAUUGUCAUCCUCCUCUCAUUCUUCUUUUUGGUAUGAACCAAAAGCGGCUAGGAGCAAUGCCUCAAAUAACCAGAAAUGACCUUUUGUUGAUACAAAUUGUAUCUCUUUUUUUCCUGAUUGUAUAGAAACAAAUGUACAAAACUCAUCUUAAGCUAGGUUUGGCACUGAAUUUUCACCAGGAGGUUUGUGGCACUGUGUGUCACAGGGAAGUAGCUCAGGGGUUGUGAGGGAGCUUUUAUUUCUAAAGGGCAGUAGUAAUUUAUAGACAAAAACAAUUUUUCAAGGCCUCUUUAUUACCAGUGCACAGCUAUCACGUGUACAAUUUCAAGCAUUAUAUUGCAUAAGUUCUCUUUAGCCUAUUAAAUUUAAUAUGUCCUUGAAAAAGGGAUUUUGUGUAAAAAGUGUCAGUGUUAGUGACUCAUCUGCAAGAAUCUAUAAAUGGAGCUAUACAAAUAUGAAUACAUAAAUACAGCAUGGUUCUUAGUUAUUAGAGAAACAUUUUCUUUAUAUUGAGGUCUAGGCACUUCUUGACUUUCCAUUUUGUCUGUAAUUAUAAAACAGCAAGUAACAAAGAAGCAUUGGGACCCCCUCGGCUGCCUUGAUAAUAAAAUCAAGCUUCCUUCAUGGGGCUAAGCAUAUGUCCCUCAGGAUACUUACCUCUAAGCACUCAGCAGGGGUUACUACAAAGCGUUUUGUGUGGUUUUCAAGAAACAGUGUGUUUUGCAAGAGGUGCUUUGUAAUCUUAAUUAUUUCACUGAUUUUUCUGACCUCAUAGCAAGUCUGUGCCUAUUGAGGUCUUCAAUUUUGCAGCUUUUCUGAUUUUUUUUCUUCUUUUUGUGAUUUUGUUGUUUUCAUUUUGAUCUAAAGGAGAAGUGUGACCCCGGAGUGGCAUGGUCAAUCCAGGGCACCCUUUCUGUAAGACAACUCAAAGGAAAAGAAGCCUUUUCAAAGGUAAUAUCGAGCCAUUGCACUCUCUCUUAAGGUGCCAGGUAUGGAAGGGAGAAUGACAGAUGCCUUAUGGAAAUGGUCUACAAAACUUUUCUUCUUCUAAGUAAUAAAACACAUAGCAUGAUUCUCUCUCCCUCUCUCUCUCUCUCUCUGCCCAGCCUCUGCUAGUUUCCAGGAUAAUACUUCUCUAAAAUUCAUUUUUUCUAUUUUGGAAUAAAUUAUCUUUAUACAGUAAUUCAAACACUGAUUUCCAUUAACCUUUGGCCCUGAGUUUUCUUCUAACAUAGAAGAGUUCAUUUUGAGAGGCACUCAGUUACCAUUCUAUCUGUGCUGUAAGUAUGGAACUUUAUACAAAUGCCCUUUUUGAGGGCCAAAAAUUUCAAUACACUUUGUUCUACUUUGUGAACCAGGUCUGGAUCUGCACAGAGAAAGUAAUGCUGAGCUGUCCAAAGAGUCCGCUCAGGUCUCCCUCCUAACCCUCCUCUGCCUUCCCCUAGUUUGUUUAUCCUCAGGUCUGACACUGAGGAGUGCAUAGUCUUCAACUGAAAUGGCACUAUAGUUAGUUCUCAUUGGAAACAAACAAGUGUAUUUCUGGAACCUGCUUGUCUAAAAUAGUCAAUGCCUUUGUAAAGACUCAGCAUAUUCAAUAUCUAUUGUAUGGUAGCUAGCUAUAUACAUAGAUUGACUAUUUUUAGUCCUGGUUUGUGUAUUGUUGAGCUAUAGUAGUUUGCUUUAUCCAUUUGUGGGAUUAAACAAUACUGUUUAAUGGUUGUAAACUUUUAUAAAAUCUCUUUGGGUUUUUUGUUUGACCCAAAUAUAAUGUAAGUCUCAAUGACAAAAUACACAAAGUUAACCAGAGGUGAGUGAAAAUAUAGCCCUUCCCCAGUUUUGUCUGCCCCUAUAACGCACGUGCAUUGCUUUGUAAUAUGCUCUCACUAGCAUGAAUGUGCUAUGACUACUUCACGAGGUUUUAAUUUGUUUCACCUAUAAUUGUGAUGGAAAAUGCCGUAUCGCUGACAACAAUGAACUGUAACCAGUUAUUUACUGCAUAAACUAUUUGUCUACUGACCA